CUCGUCGUCAACGCAGAUCUGACAGGACACCACCAGGUUAUCACAGGUUAUGUUGCGCUUGAAUGUAUACAAACGAGUGGCAUAUUCUUGAUCGAAAAUGAGCCUCGUGGCGUACGACAGCAGCGAUGAGGAUUCUGAAAAUGAAGAGGGUGAGUCCGUGGAGCCGACCACCACGAACAAUACGAAUAACGAUACGACCGAGGCGGUAAUCGUGCAAAUAAGCUCGAAGUUGUCCUUACCUGCCCCAAGAGUAAUCUCACAAAGUACAAACGAUGAUGAGGAAGACGAAGAAGACAAGGACGAUAGUACGGGAACUAACUUUCAGCAGUUUCUCAAUACGCUGCCAAAGCCCAAGGAUCCCAUUUCAACGAGUAACAUCGAAGAAGUGGAGGACGACAUUCUGUUAAAGAAAGUAACAAAAAGUCAAGUCCCGAAGUCAGCAAAGAAGCAGACAGUGAAAAUAUCAGUGCCUUCCUUAUCAGAGUUUAAGGAUCUUGAGGAAGAAAGCGAGGAGAAGCCAGUCAGGAUCGUACAAUCGUCACAGAAAGGCUGUGGACUCUUCUCCAUUUUAACAGCUCCAAAAGGAGAGAGAGCAACGAACAAGACUCUGAUACCUCAGACUGUCAAGAAUGCAGCGGUAAAAGCGAAUGUGCAACAGCCAAAAAUACUGAAGAAAUCCAGUACAAGUCAGAAUGAUUCCAAAGCAAAGAAGUCAACUUCAGAUAAAUCGCAUAAUGAAUUGAGCUCCGACGAGGAAGACGCGACGAUAGAUUUCUUUGGACUCACCGCGAGGAAAGAUAUAGCAGGCAGUUCCGUGAUGGGAUUAGACUCGGAAUUGUCUUCGGACGAUCUUGUAUCUAAAUCGAGUACCGAAGCUUCGCUUAUGAUACACGACAAAGAUCACGAUUCCUCCUCCAUCAAUUCUAAUACUCUAAUGAACGAUCAAUCGAGUAAUUCAAACAAAACGUUAACAAGCAAUGUUAUAAAUCUACCCAAAGAGGAGAUUUUGUUGAAAAAUAAAGCAGAGGUUGGCCCGAAGCUACCUGUCCCUGAACAAGAGUAUAACGUCGACGUGGAGGGCAACGUUGCCUUUGACGAGAAGGCGAUCGAGUACCUUUGUGGAAGACGGGGCGUAAAACGUAAAGAGAUCGAAGAAGCGAACAUAAUCGACAUAAACGGAGAGGAUAUAAAACCGGAUGAGAAGGAAUGGCUGGUGAAAGCACUGACGACGGAAACUACACAUAGACCGGUGUCUAUGCAGAGCGGCGGAGUAAACUCUCAGUCCAAGAAGAAACAUCAAAUUACUUAUCUGGCGCAUCAAGCCAAAGCCAUGGAAUUGGAGCUCAAAAAUCAGUGGUCGCAGAAUAGAAUGGCGCGGAAACAAACAAAAUCGAAAUACGGUUUCUAAAGGCAUAAUUUGUACAAGUCUUUUUUUUAAAUAUAUGUGCACAUAUAAAUCUUUUAUUUUUAAGGUAAAUUAAUGACAUCUAUACGAAAAAUAAUAUUGCAAAUACUGAAAUAUAUUGAGUUGAGUUAUUCAGUUGAAA